AAACAAUGGCUUGUGAUAGACACAACGGCUUCUGUAAAUGUCUUCCUAAUUUUUCAGGCGAUAAAUAUAAACAAUGCAUAGGCGGCCUUUACGGACAAUCAUGUUACUGACAUUGUCCGGAUACUUGCAAAAGGGGUACAUGCUCACGAUAUGAUGGGACAUGCACACAUGGUUGUGUUGAUGGAUAUUCGGGUGACAAUUGCACAACCCCGUGUGACAAUAUAUGCGCAACAUGUCUACAAUAUAGCACAUCAUACUGCGUUUCGUGAUUAAAUGGUUACACUGGAACAACAUGCCGAUGUCCUUCUAACUGCAUUUGUACGGUUGGACUUGAUAUUUGUAUUUCAUGUACACAUGGUUAUGAUAAUCCUGAACAACAAUGCACGUGUCAAUCGAAAUAUUGUCUCGAGAAUGAAUGUGAUCAAUGUAUUAACCAGACGUUUUACGUUGAUAAAAAUGCGUGCUGUUCAUAUCCUGAUCAUUGCAAAGAUGGUGACUACAGGGAAGGACCUGAAUGUAUUUCUGGUUGCAUGGACGGCUUUUACGGUUUGGAUUGUUCUCAAAGUUGCUUGUCCCUGAGUGCGGACUGUUUACGAUGUACUCAGACGUAUGGAAAGUGUUUGGAAUGUAGCGAUGGUUUUUAUCCAAAUGACUAUGGAAGCUGCAUAAAUUGCAGUAUUAGCUGUAUAAGUGGGCUUUGCAAUUCUGCGAAAGUAAAUGGCUGCAUCAAUGAUCUUGAAGGCAGAGAUUGCUCAGAACGACGAAUUUACAUUGGUUCUUCAACAAUAAGUGCCCUCUCAGCUUUAUCGGUACUUUUGGGCAUUUCGCUUAUUUUCACAGCUGCUGGAUGCUAUCUGUGGAACAGACGAAUAUAUAAACCAACAGAACCGGAAGAUCAGCUUGAAACUGAGAUGACCUAUGAACAACUACAAAGACAGGCAAACGAACCAACAUACACAAAUGCUGACGAAAAUUAUUCCGUGCUUUCAACGUAG